AUGCCGCGCACUGCCCGAUCCACGGUCUCGACGCAGGCUCAGCCGGCCAUUCAAAGCUUUGGCCGGGCCACCAAGGCUAACGUCACGCCGGUGCUUCCUCCAAAGAAGACUGCUUCUUUGCCCGUGUCUCCCUCGAAGAAGAGGAAACUGCAAGAACUCGAGAACGUGGACAGCGCCGGUCGCCCAUCGCUCGACGAGGAAGCCAACACGCCUUCCAAAUCUUUGAAAUUCAGCCAAUUGACUGUCUCGUCCCCACGAAGUGGUCAUUACGCGUCACCCAAAAGGACCCCGAGCCGCCGAACCCGUGUUUCCACCGUCGGUGCUGCUCUCCCGGACAUCCCCGACUCCCCCACGAAACAGCGCACGAUCAACCUCGAGCCUGUUCCCGAACCGAAGCUUGCGCCGCGAGCAUCCUGCAUCAAUGAUUUUCUGAACCUUCACUCGGCUUUCGUGCAAGCACUGUCCAUCCACAUGGCGCACAAUGGGCCCAUCUCCCCCGCCGAUUUUCGAGAGUUUCUCCCCAGCGUGACCCGGAUUUGGAAAAAGCGAAAGGUGCAGCCCAAAGAUCUACAGCGUCUCUUGUGGGUAUGGGAACACAGUAUGAGAGCGAAGGACGUCUCUUAUCGCUUAGCAAACUAUGGCCUCGGAAAAGUGUGCUUGGAACGACAUGUGCAGAUCGAUGAGCAACCCUCUGUGCUCCAGGAUGCAUUUGAACAGGCACUGGAUCUUCUCUGGGAGCAGACAGAACCAACGCUGGAGAAAGCCAAGGACGAAGAUCGCCCGGUGCUCUUUUUAGAAUCGCUUGGCCUGGCACCAAUCCACGAAUCUCUCACGCCGUUCACCGCUUUCAAGAAGGGCCAACAACGUCUGCAGGAUCUGCGAUCUGGUAUCAUUCGCAUGAAGACAGAGAAACUGCAGGCGGAGAACGAGACUGGCCAGUCCAAGCCCCUCGCUUCUCCACUCAAUCGACGACAGAGCCUCCUUGACCGAAUCAAGAACAAAGAGCUUCGUCAGUCCAAGCUGCCCCCCGCGCCAACAAAGAGGGAGAUGACCCGUCGAUCGGCCGCAGAACGCGUCGAGGAAGUGGCGGGGAUUUUGGCGCUGCUCCGUCCCCCAGCUUAUACGGGUACCGGGAUCAAGGCUUUGUUCGCCAGUCAGCGCAAGCCAUUCAAGAUGGAUACCAUGAUCGACCACGUUCGGGAUUCUGUUCGAAUUCCAAUUCCUCGUGACGAGGUCGAGGCCUGUCUCGACAUCCUGGCUGACCCUCGUGUGGCAGGCCAUUGGGUCACCAUGGUCACGGUGAAGGAUAUUCGCUCGGUCGUUCUCAAGUCUUGUAAGGAUAUUGAGAUCAACCAGCUUGGUGCCAAAGUGGCACAGCUCCAGGCUGAAUGGGAGAAGCCCUCGGCUUGCGCCUCAACACCCAUUCUGAAGAUCUGA